CGCCCCCGUCGCUUGCUUCCCUGACCAGCCUCAAGAUAGUGCUCAACCAAACCUCCUGCCACCACCGGAGGGAAGCGGAGGCGUUCGGUAAAUGCUGCACCUACGCCGGGUUUAAAGGGACGGCCGCUGAGGGGUACUGUCAGAGAGACCACGAGGAUCUGCACGACACUCCACUUCAGAGCUCCGACUUGUCAGCGGGAUUGAUGUUUGAUGAAUGGCGUGGAACAGCCGUCUACUUGUCCUCGAACACCAAGCCCCGCGUCCUUCAGCUCUUAUUGGUCUGCGAUGUUGGCCAGAAAGAAGUCGAGGCAGCAGAACAGGCAGUUGCACCACUCCUUCUCCUCCCAGAGCUCAAGGACUGCCAUGUUCGGCUUUGCAGCAACCCGAAUACCCAGCUGCGCCAACUCGCGCAGAAUGCAGCUCUGCAAGCCAGCCGCAAGCUAGCCCCGGAGCCCGCGUCACAAUCGUCGUGCUCUCGCCUUCUUAAUCUUCCACGGGAGCUACGCAUUCGCAUCCUCGAAUACACUGACCUUGUAGCUAGGCGGAGGUAAGCCCGUCUCCCUACAUCUAACCUCAUCACCGGCGCGCCCGGCGAUUUACCUUCUCGAUCUAUGCCGAUGACUUGCCAUGGUUAAGGUAGGG